GCAACCGCGGCCACCGGAAGGACGCGGGGGUUUGCGGAUUGGCCCUGCGGCCGGAGGGGAGGGGGCGGGGCCGCGGCCGGCGCACAGACCGCGCGUUACUUUGUCCCAACGCCGUGCGGUGCAGCGGCAGGUGUUGAACCAGAGGCAAUACAUGUGAAGAAGUUUUGAACGGUCCAUCUGAAGAUUGACACAGUUUUCUGACCUAACAGUGGGUUUGGGCUGUGUCAGCAUUUAUUAUGGCCAAGGUUGCAGUUGGGGGAGGAAGUGCUGACUGUAUGAGUCCUGUGAAUGAAUUUGGUGAUAUUAUCAGAUGGAGAUCAGAUGAGCAUGAUGCUGUACAGAAGAAAACAUUCACAAAAUGGAUUAAUGUGCGCUUUGUAAAGAAUGGAAAACUACCAAUCAAGGAUUUAUUUGAUGACCUCCGAGAUGGCAGAAAACUCUUAGAUCUUCUGGAAGGGCUCACAGGACACGUGUUUACCAAAGAACGUGGCACAACCAGAGUACAUGCUCUCAACAAUGUCAACAGAGUUCUGCAUGUUCUGCAGCAAAAUAAUGUGGAGCUGGUAAAUAUAGGUGGAACUGAUAUUGUAGAUGGAAAUCGUAAACUGACACUUGGGCUCAUUUGGAGCAUCAUUCUACAUUGGCAGGUCAAAGAUAUAAUGAAAGCUAUAAUGUCAGAUCUACAGCAGACAAACAGUGAGAAGAUUUUGCUCAGCUGGGUUCGCCAAUCAACCCGUCCCUACAAACAAGUCAAUGUUAUCAAUUUUACAACAAGCUGGGCCGAUGGACUUGCUUUCAAUGCUAUUCUUCAUCGGCACAAACCAGGUCUGUUCAGUUGGGAUAAAGUUACUAAGAUGACUGUGGUGGGACGGCUUGAACAUGCUUUCAAUAUAGCUAAGAAACAUCUAGGGAUAGAGAAACUGCUGGAUCCUGAAGAUGUUGCUGUUCCUCUGCCUGACAAGAAAUCCAUCAUUAUGUACGUAACAUCUUUAUUUGAGGUGCUCCCUCAACAAGUCACCAUGGAAGCCAUCCGUGAAGUGGAGACUCUGCCAAGACAAUACAAGGUUGAAUGUGCAGAGGGUCCUUCGUCCCAUCAGCUGGAUGUGACCUCAGAAAAAGAGGCAUUGAACUCUGGAGCUGAAACUCCCAGCACAGUGACCGAGAUGGAAGUGGACUUGGACAGUUACCAGGCAGUUCUGGAGGAGGUCUUGACGUGGCUAUUGUCAGCUGAGGAUACUCUUCAGAUGCAAAAUGACAUCUCCACUGAUGUUGAGGAGGUGAAGGAGCAAUUUCACAUUCAUGAGGCAUUUAUGAUGGAGUUGACUGCUCACCAGAGUAAUGUGGGUAAUGUACUUCAGGCUGGAAAUCAACUCAUUGCACAGGCCAAUCUAACAGAAGAGGAGGAGGAUGAGAUUAGAGAGCAGAUGACUUUACUCAAUUCUCGAUGGGAAGCGCUGAGAGUUGAAAGCAUGGACAGACAAGCCAAGCUUCACGAGGUACUAAUGGAAUUACAGCAGCAGCAACUGCAACAGCUAUCAAAUUGGCUGACUCAGACAGAAGAACGUAUUCAAAAGAUGGAAGCACAGCCCACAGGAGAUGAUCUGGAGUCCUUCAAAGAAAAGAUUGAGGAACAUAAAGUAUUACAAAGUGACUUGGAGAUAGAGCAGGUGAAAGUGAACUCUCUGACACACAUGGUGGUGGUAGUGGACGAGAACAGUGGUGACAGUGCAACAGCUGCACUGGAGGACAAAUUACAGUCACUGGGUGAGCGCUGGGCAGCUGUUUGUCGUUGGACUGAAGAGCGAUGGCGAUUGCUGCAGAAUAUUUUCACAAGGUGGCAGCAACUAUCGAACGACCAGAUGUUGCUUGAAGCCUGGCUCACUGAGAAGGAAGAUGCUUUCACUGAACUCCAAACCAGCAGUAUCAAGGGUUUGUGUGAGACUGGAGUGAACAGCCGCAGACUGGAAAUUUUGAAGGAAGAUCUAGAAAUGAAGCAUCCAACAUUGGACCAGUUGGGUGAGGAUGGCCGAGAUUUAACAGAAUUACUCAGUAACAGUAAUUUAUCAAAAAAAAUUGAUGGCAGUCUGAGAGAACUAACACAAAGGUGGGACAAUCUAGUGCAGCAACUGCAAGAUUGCUCCAAACAGUUACCUGAGUCAGGAGCAACCCAUGCUAAUUGGAUGGAAGUCUUGGAGCGCACAGUUCAGAAGCAGGAGCUGGCCCCUCCCCCGCCACCCAAGAAAAGACAACUGCAUGUGGAUGUGGAAUCCAGGAAUAAGUUCACUGCGGAUGCUAGCGAGCUUCUGAACUGGAUUAGCAAAUCAAAGUACGAGAUUCAAGCCAUGAUGUUCAAUGACUUCAGAAGGAAGAAGGAUAUCACCAGCUUGAAGAAAAAGAUGAAGACAUUGGAAAAAGAAAAGGCUGAACGUGAGGGACAAUUGAAGGAAAUAAGACAAACAGGACAGGCCUUGCUUGAACCAAUGGAGAAAGAAGGGCUGUCAACAGAGGAAGUAAUCCAUGCCCUGGACAAGGUGUCAGUGGAAUGGAACAACAAUAACCAACAAGUGGAGAAGCUGAGACGUAAGAUCCAAUAUCAAGAGGACGUAAACGGUAUUUAUCAAGAGUUACAAGAGCUUGAAAAGACGAUAAAAUGCAAAGAAGACUGGCUGAAGAGUGCGGCCAGUGGUAAAGUGAACGAGUCCUGUCAGGAUGAAAUCAACCAAUUGCUUGAUGUAGCUCCAUGCUUAGAGAAACUAAUGGCUCGUGGGGAAGUGCUCAGCAGUGAACCUGGAGCUCCGAACUUCCUCCAGGAAGACCUUAAUAAUACAAACAAUCGAUUCCGAUCAAUUCUCCAGAAACUACAGAGCAAACGACAACUGAAAUCAGGAUCGGAACGUCCUCGGAACCUAGAUGCUGUAAAGACCUUAAAAACAGUGCUGGAUCAAUCUGAAGCUCAAGUUAAACGAGGAUGGAGUACAGUUGUUAAUCUGGAAGCAGCUCAGAAAGCAUUAAAGAACACAGAGGCUUUGCAGAACGAAUUGAAAAACCAUCAACCGGAAAUGGACAGACUGGCUUCAGGGUUGGAAAGGAAGGAAGAAGAGCCGGUGACAUCUACUAAAAAGACCUAUGACAUGGAAUUGGAAGCAAUUCAAAUACGAUGGCAAAAGCUAAUAGCUAAGCUUCAGAAUGAUAGCCAGGUGCUGGAGGAUGUGAUAUCGAAACUGCAGCAAUUUAAGGAAAAUUCAGAUGCCCUGGAAAAGUGGAUGGAUUGUGUUGACACCUUCUUGUCCAAAGAGACUGUUGCAUUUGGCAAUCAAGUGGGACUCAAACAGCAGGUGGAAAAGUGCAAGACGUUUGUGGAUGAAAUUCAGAAUAUUCAGUCCAAUUUGACAUCAAUGAAUGAAAUUCAGGACUCACUGAAAAAGCUGCCAGUGACAGCCAUCUCUAAUUCUGUGGCAACUCGCAUGACAGACUGUCGGACACGAUGGAACAAAGUGAAGAACCAGAUUAUAUCUCAACAGCUGAGAUUGUCCGAGGGCCAGACAAAGACAUUAAACUUAAGGAAAGAUCUUGUAGAGAUGCGUGAGUGGACAACACAGGCAGAAGAGGAUUAUUUAGAGAGGGACUUUGAAUACAAGUCACCUGGGGAAUUGGAGAUUGCUUUGGAAGAAAUUAAGCGAGCAAAGGAAGAGGUGCUGCAGAAGGAAGUGAGAGUUAAGAUUCUGAAAGACAACAUAAAUACCAUUCUUAAGAAAAUGCCGCCUGUCGAUCAGGAAUUGAUGAAUAGGGACCUUAAUGCCGUGUUGGAGAGUUACAAGAGGCUCUGUGAUCGGAUUGAAAGAAAAUACUUGACUUUAAAGGAGGUAUGGUCUUGCUGGUGUGAGUUGCUUCAUUACUUGGACUUGGAAAACAAUUGGUUAAAUAAUCUGGAGGAGAAGUUGAAAACUGCAGAAAAUGUUUCAGACAACACCAGAGCUGUUAAUGAGGUCCUUGAGUCCCUCGAGUCUGUGCUACGCCAUCCUGCAGAUAACCGAACACAGAUCCGUGAACUGGGCCAAACAUUGAUUGAUGGUGGAAUUUUGGAUGAACUUAUAAGUGAAAAGCUGGAGGUAUUCAAUGCUCGAUAUGAAGAGCUGAGUCACCAGGCUGUGAGCAAGCAGAUCUCUCUUGAGCAGCGUUUACAAAUGUCUCAAGAAAACGAACAGCGAAUGCAUGACCUGCAGGAUUCACUUGGACAACUGGACAAGCAAUUAACUUCAUACUUGACAGAUCACAUAGAUGCCUUGCAGAUGCCACAAGAAGCUCAGAAAAUUCAGGCAGAUAUUGUAGCCCAUGAAACCACCUUGGAAGAGUUGAAGACCAGUAAUGUGGGAAGCCUUCCAUUAGUAGAUAACAGGCCCUAUUCUCGAGGUGGCACUCAGUUGGAUAUGCUUCAGAGGAAACUUCGAGAAGUGUCAACAAAAUUCCAGCUUUUCCAGAAACCAGCAAAUUUUGAGCAGCGAAUGCUCGACUGUAAACGUGUUUUGGAUGGUGUUAAAGCUGAAUUGCAUGUGCUGGAUAUGAGAAGAGUUGAGCCUGAGGAAAUAGAGUCACAAUUGGAUAAUUGUAUGAAACUGUAUAAAACUCUGAGUGAGGUGAAGCUCGAGGUGGAGACAGUGAUAAAGACUGGAAGGCAGAUUGUUCAGAAACAGCAGACAGACAAUCCCAAACAGAUGGAUGAGCAGCUGACAGCCCUGAAGCUCCUGUACAAUGACCUGGGUGCUCAGGUCACUGAAGGGAAGCAGGACCUAGAAAAGGCCUUGCAAUUAUCUCGCAAAUGGAAGAAUGAGACCAAAUCACUGUCGGAGUGGUUGACUGCAACAGAAGGUGAAGUGAAUCUUAAGUCUUCUGGAGGAGUGAUGUCUGAUAACUUAGAUGCAGAAAUCAAAUGGAUCAAACUAAUUCUGAAAGAUUUGGAGGGAAAGAAAAGUGAACUAGGUAGCAUCACGGAGAGUAGUGCGGCCCUGCAAUGUCUGGUAGAAGGCAGUGAAGGAAUUCUGGAGGAUAACCUCUGUGCACUGAACACUAGUUGGAACAGGGUCCACACUCUGGCACAGAGUUGGAGUGGCAGACUAUUGGAUCAUCAGCAACAGAUGGAAGAUUUCAAUCAGAAUGUUGCACACAUAAGCACCUGGCUGUAUCAAACGGAAAUUCUGCUUGAUGAGAUUGAUAAGAAGACAGAUGUUGAAAAGGAUGAAAUACUUAAGUGUUUCCAGUCUGAACUGGAUGGAAUCAGUUUGCAAGUUGAUGAUGUACGUGACCAAGCUAUUUCACUCAUGAACAGUAAUGGUCCUUCAUGCCGAGAAGUGGUGGAACCAAAACUUAGUGAACUAAAUCGUAAUGUGGAGAAAGUUUCUCAGCACAUCAAAUCAGCCAAGAUGGAAGCAGCAAUGCAAGUACAUGCAAGCCAUGAAAAUGGGUUUCCAUCAGGUUUGAAGACUGAUGCACAUUCAAGCAUUGAUCUAGAUCACUUUGAAUCUGAGCUACAAAUCAAGAUAAACAACUUGGAAAGGAAGUUGGAGUGUAGUGAGGAAAUCCCCGAUGAUGAUGAUGAUGAAAAGAUGGAUGAAGAGAAAGCAAGUGUGGAAGGGAUGCUGCAGAAAGGGGAGAGGCUACUCCAGACUAUUGAUGAUGAAAGACACAAACAGUUACAAAGAAAGCUGAUCCUUCUGCAGACAAAAUUUGCCUGUGUUAAGGAAGCAAGAUUAAUCCGGAAAGAGCAACUAGAAGAGCAUCCACCUGGGUGGUCCCAGUAUAAAAGAGAGGAAAGUGAAUUCUUGGAAUGGCUGGAUGACAUUGAGCAGAAACUAGCGGAAUAUGGCUCAGAAGAUGAAAGAUUAAAGGAACUGAUCCAAGAAAUGGAGCAACGAAGGGAGGACUUUAUUGCCUUAAAGGCGAAGGGCCAAAGUCUGGGAUUGUAUCGUACCUCUCCAGGAAAGGAUAAUGUCAAUGUAGACAAGCGCUGGCACCAAAUUGAGGCCCAAUUUUCUACUUACCAGCCAGUACAUUUAAAGAGCUCUGAAGCCAGAGUUGUUGCUGGUCAUUGUACAGCAAGUUCAGGGAUGGCUUCACAGUAUUUCCCAUCAGACUAUCUUCUGGAUAUUAACAAGGCAUUGCUGGCUCUGGCUGAUGUCGAACUACUAUUGAAUGCACCAGAAUUAAACAAUGGAAAAUAUGAGGACUUUUCAAGCCAAGAAGAUUCCCUUAAGAAUGUUAAAGAUACACUGGAGAAACUCGGAGAGCAAAUUGAGGACAUCCACGAGAAUCAGCCUGAUGCCUUUCUUGAAGCUUCUGCAGCUGAGGUCAUACAAAUUGGUGAUGCACUGACGCAGCUCCAUGCCGAAUGGGACAGAGUAAACAGAAUGUACAAUGAUCGUAGAAGCUGUUUUGACAAGGCUGUGGAGGAAUGGCGACAGUUUCACUGUGACUUGAAUGACCUGAAUCAAUGGGUGGUGGAAGCUGAGAAGUUACUGCCACAUGCUAGAAGCCAAAAUGGCAACCUGGAUUUGGAGAAAGUGAAAAAUAAUCAACAGGAGUUAGAAGAAGGUCUCAACAGUCAUCAGACUGUGUACAUGACACUAAAUGCCACCGGCACCGAUAUUAUCCGACAUCUUUCAACGGCAGAUGGAUCUCUCCUGCAGGAGAAACUCAAUAGAUUAAAUAAACGUUGGAGGGCAGUUUCUCUGGAGGUCAGAGACCGACGUCAAAGGUUAGAAGGAGAUGGACAGCGAUAUUCUGAUUUAAGGAGUCAGCUUGAUGAAUUCAGUAUGUGGGUAGACAAGGUGCAGAACUCUUUAAGGGCUGUGCAUUCACCACCAAGGGAGCAUGAUUUGAAGGAACUAAAGAUUCAUGCAGCAGAUUUGGAGGUACGCAGCGAUAACCUGAUUGCAAUGAACAGUAAUGCACAGGAUAUGCUUUCUGAUAAAGGCCUCAGUCUGCAAGAGAGAGACAAACUUUCUGCUAAACUUCGAAAUAUUAAUUCAAAUUGGAGUAAGGUGUCCAAAGAAUUGCCAGUUAAAAUGAAAAAUAUAGAGAUUCAACUUCAAGAUUAUGAUCACUUCAAAGAACGUUUGGAGAAACAUUCCAAUUGGGCAGCAGUUACCAGGCAGCAGUUAGAUCCCAGAAGAUCACCAUCACCUGGAACAAAACAACUUCAGUUGUUAGAAGCUGCUGUGAGAGAACAUGAAAUGGGCGUUGAGACAACACUUGCAAAAGCUGUAGAGCUGGACAGGAAAAGCCAUUUGCAUCCUGAAGAAAAGAGUAAGGUGGCACAGCUUUCUGUUGACUGGAGAAUUCUAAACACUGCAUUAAAAGAUUUUAGUCAACAAACUCUUAUGGGAUGGAGCCAGGAAAUGACACACUCAAAGGUUACAGUUCACUCAACUGUUCAAACAGUCACCCUGGUAUCAGCAACACCUCCAUCUCCUGUAUCCACUCAGCUUGUCAUGCGUGAAGCCUUCUCUCCGGAUUCUGAAUCCUUGAUGCCUGCAGAUUUGGAUAAGUCUGCAAUGGAGCUGAUCGAUUGGUUGACCCUCAUUGAUCAGAUGAUCAAGUCAAACAUAAUUACUGUUGGUGAUCUAGAGGAGAUUAAUGAAACUAUUGUGCGCCUGAAGACCACGAAGAAUGACUUGGAGCAACGGCAUCCCCGGCUUGAUGCAAUCUUCACUCUUGCUCAGAACCUGAAGAAUAAAACUGCUGAUCUGGAGGAACGAGCUACAAUCAGUGAGCGAUUGGUAAGAGUCCAAAACCAAUGGGACAGCACGCAACACAGACUGGAGGCACGGCAGCAGCAGCUAGACAAACUGCUCAGUGAUAGCAUACAGUGGGAGGAAGAGUGGCAGGCAACUGAAAGACUGGUUGGUCAAAGUGAGAUUCGCCUACAGUCCCUGCUACAAGUUACUUCAGAUCCCCUUGCCCCACAGCUUGCAGAAAGCAAGCACUUCUUACAGGAGUUACAUGGAGGACAGUUUACAGUGGCUUCUUUCAAUGAUCUGUCAAACAAAUUGCUACGUGAUUAUGCUGCUGAUGAUACUCGGAAGGUGAAAGAAAUUACAGACAGCGUCAAUAUGUCCUGGAAUAAUAUUAAUCAGAGAGCCAGUGAGAGAGUUGGGUACCUGGAGAAUGAGCUGAAGCAACUGCAGAACUUGCUGCAGGAAUUGGAAGGCUGCCUACGGUUUCUGCAGGAAAUUGAAGGUGAUCUUGAUGACUUGGCUAACACAGCUGAGAAAGAAGACACUUCAAAGGAUAGUGCUGAGGUCAAGGGACUGAAACAUCGAUUGCACGAUAUCCAGGCUGAGAUUGAUGCUCACAAUGACAUUUUUAAGAAUAUUGAUGGCAACAGGCAAAAGAUGGUGAAGGUCUUGGGCAAUUCAGAGGAAGCUGCCUUGCUCCAGCAACGACUUGAUGACAUGAACCAGCGAUGGAGUGAUCUGAAGACAAAAUCUGUCAAUAUCAGGGUUCAUUUGGAAGCUAAUGCAGAACGAUGGAACAGGUUACUGAUGUCAUUGGAAGAAUUAAACAAGUGGUUAAAUCUCAAAGAUGAAACACUGACAAAACAGAUGCCUGUUGGAGGUGAUGUUCAGACUUUACUGCAGCAGCGGGACCACUGUUGGGGACUCAAGCGUGAGCUACUGGAUAAGGAAGACGCAAUCUUAACUGCACUGGAUUCUGCACGAUUAUUCCUUGCAGAUCAGCCCAUAGAGGGGCCUGAGGAACCACGGCGUCAUUUGCAUGUUAAAACUGAGCCUACCCCUGAAGAGAAAGCUCAGAGGAUUGCUAAAGCGGUGCGUAAACAGUCAACAGAAGUGAAGGAAAAUUGGGAGCAGUUGAAUGUUCAUGCAAACAGCUGGCAGAAGCAGGUAGAAAAGGCCCUAGAAAAGCUACAAGAACUGCAAACAGCUAUGGAUGACUUUGAGGCCCAUGUGGUAACAGCAGAAAGUGUCCGCAAUGACUGGCAACCUGUUGGAGACCUACUUAUCGAUUCUUUACAAGAUCACAUUGACAAAACCACAGCUUUUAAAGAAGAAAUUGUUCCUUUGAAGCAAGAAGUCAAAAUGGUUAAUGACCUGGCUGGUCAGUUAUCUCCACUUGAUGUCACUUUAUCUCCAAAGAUUUCUCACCAGCUUGAUGACCUAAAUAUGCGGUGGAAACUGAUACAGGUUGCCGUUGAGGAUCGGAUCAAGCAGUUGCAAGAAGCAUACCGGGACUUUGGUCCAUCAUCACAACAUUUCCUCUCCACUUCUGUUCAGUUGCCAUGGCAGAGAGCUGUGUCACACAACAAUAAGGUGCCAUACUACAUCAACCACCAGACUCAGAGUACCUGUUGGGAUCACCCAAAAAUGACAGAACUUUUCCUUUCAUUGGGUGAUUUAAAUAAUGUGCGUUUUUCUGCUUACCGGACUGCUAUGAAGAUCCGCCGACUGCAAAAAGCACUCUGUUUGGAUCUCUUGGAACUGAAUACAGCACAUCGCAUCUUUGAACAACAUAAACUAGUACAAAAUGAGCAGCUUCUAAACGUGACUGAGGUGAUCAAUUGUUUAACAACCAUUUAUGACGGCUUGGAACAAAAUCACAAGGAUUUGGUUAAUGUGCCACUCUGUGUUGACAUGUGCUUGAACUGGUUGCUUAAUGUCUUUGAUACGGGUAGGAGUGGAAGAAUCAGAGUGUUAUCUUUAAGGAUCGGAUUGAUGUGCCUAUCCAAGGGUCUUCUGGAGGAAAAAUAUAAGUAUCUUUUCAAACAAGUAAGUGGACCCACUGAUCUCUGUGACCAGCGAAACCUGAGUCUCUUGCUUCAUGAUGCAGUCCAGAUCCCUCGCCAGCUUGGGGAAGUAGCUUCGUUUGGAGGUAGCAACAUAGAACCAAGCGUCCGCAGUUGUUUCCAAUACGCUCAGAACAAACCAGAGAUUGAUGCUAAACUGUUUGUAGAGUGGAUGAGACUAGAGCCUCAGUCCAUGGUCUGGCUACCUGUUCUACACCGAGUGGCAGCUGCUGAAACUGCAAAACAUCAGGCGAAGUGUAACAUCUGCAAAGAAUGCCCAAUUGUAGGCUUUAGGUAUCGGAGCCUCAAGCACUUCAACUAUGACAUCUGCCAAAGUUGUUUCUUUUCAGGACGUACUGCAAAAGGACACAAAUUGCAUUAUCCAAUGGUGGAAUACUGUACCCCGACAACGUCAGGCGAAGACGUACGUGAUUUCACUAAGGUGCUGAAAAAUAAGUUCAGAUCAAAGAAGUACUUUGCCAAACAUCCCCGACUGGGUUACCUGCCAGUACAAACAGUCUUAGAAGGCGAGAAUCUUGAGAUUCCUGUCACACUCAUCAGCAUGUGGCCCGAGCAAUAUGACCCCACACAAUCUCCACGGCUGUCCCAAGAUGACACACAUUCCAGAAUAGAACACUAUGCCAACAGGCUGGCACAGAUGGAGAGAACUAAUGGAUCCUUGCUCACCGACAGUAGUUCUGCCACAGGAAGUGUUGAUGAUGAACACGCGCUAAUUCAACAAUUCUGUCAAACACUGGGAAGUGAAUCACCUGUAAGCCAGCCCCAGAGUCCUGUUCAGAUCCUCAAGUCAGUAGAGAAAGAGGAACGGAGUGAAUUGGAACGCAUCAUUGCCGAUCUUGAGGAGGAGCAAAGGAAUCUACAAUCCGAGUAUGAACGGUUAAAGCAACAGCAGGUUCUAAGAGGUGUAAAACCCCUGCCAUCACCACCUUUCUCACCAACUCAACAUAGCUAUCAAGAUGCUGAGCUACUGGCUGAAGCUAAACUCCUACGACAACACAAGGGGAGACUGGAGGCCAGAAUGCAGAUUUUGGAGGACCACAACAAACCUGAAUCACAGUUGUGCCGACUGAGAAAUCUAUUGGAAGAGCCGUUAACAGAAUCAAAGUUGAAUGGAGUCAAUGCUGUUACUCCACCUGCAUCCUUUCAGCUUGCUGAAAACAGUCAAACAUUUAACGAGGGCUUCAGCUCACAGACAGAUGAAUUAUUGAUCCCGCCCCAGGACACAAAUACAGACCUCACAGAUGUCAUGGAGCAAAUCAAUAGUUCUUUCCCCGGUUGCAGCCAUAAUGAUGCAGCAAUUUGUCCCACUCACCAGAAACAUUGAGAUUACCAUUUCUUGUAAUGACUAACAGCAGUUGUGAAGAAAAGGAAAACUGAAUCAGACCUGAAGAGAAUCAUUCAUUCCACAAGUCUGCCUUGCUGAAGGAGCUUAACUCUGGAGACCUAGCCCAAGUAGUUUUAACUAUUGUCUGUUCUUCUUUGCUUUUGCUAUGCAAUUGUAAAAUAAUGAAAUGUAAAAUGUUGGAGUCUGCAAAAAAAAGUACCAUUAUUUGUACAAACAUGCAACAUUUCGGGAGGAGAACUUUUUACCACUUUUUACUUGUGGUGUGAGAGAAUAUUGAUGAGACAUUCACAAAUCGUAUGUGCAUUUUACACUGUUUUAAAGAAAAUUACACUCUCUCUAACACCAGCCUCUUAGAAAAUAGCCUUACAAAUGUGUCUCUGAAUGUUCGCUAAAGAAAGUAGCUUAUUUUUGAAGUUCUGCCAAAGUCUUGCAAAUAUGGGAGGAGAAAUUUUCUCCUCUUCAGUGUGAAUUUUAAUGAUCUGUGCCCAAGCAAAUUUUAUGAAUAGGAAAGAUAUUUUAAUGUAUUGUAGCAAUGUAAAGCCAUGACCACCUUUCUACCUCAGACCCUCCUUCCUUUGUAAUCAUUCUCACACAGUGCAUUCCACUGCAUAUUAAGCUUUCAUUUUGCAUCAUACCAAAUGGCAGAAGGGUCCAACUAUUUGGUCAGUUGUGACUUGUUGGUAUCUUCACUUCUAUUUGAUUAUAUAGCUAAAAAAAAUUGAUGAGGAUCUGCCCUACAUUCUACAAAAAGCAUCUACCCCCGCCAUCUGAAUGAUAGAAUCACUGACCAUAAGGUAGGUUCUACCACUACACUGCAAACUUUCUCAUCUUCUUUGUUCAGUAAUUGGCAUUAUAUUUUAACAUGUGAAGGCACCAUGUGGUCUUUUAGGUAUAUAAUCUAUAUCUUAAGUCCUGAUCACCUCUGACACCACUACAUAGUUCAUUCAAAAUAAAGUUCAUUCAUUUAACAAAAAAAUAAACAGAAAAUGCCUUUUCAUUUUUAUCACCGUGGCUUUCACUGUUAAUGUGGGUUGGUUCAUGAUGUUUGCUGUAUUCUCUUGAAGGAAGGGCAGAGCUUUUUGGCUGUUUACAUAUCCAGUGAUUGAAUAAAAACAUCUGAUCUGGUGUUAACAGAAACAAAAUAUAUCAUUUAAUAUUGUUCUUAACAAUGUUACAUCUCAGAUUUCACACCAGCCAUACUGGAUACCAAGGAAUUACAAUAUUGUCUCUUGUUUAACCAACAUGCUUUAAUCUAUUUCAUUUGCCAGAGGGCAAGAAGCUUUCAUUUCACUCCAAAGUUGUUCUAUACCACAAACUAGGAGACACAUCAAUAAACUCUGAUCCAGUAGCAGAGCAAGAUGUCUGAACACUGAAAUAGCAGAAUUUUUUCCCAUGCACUUGAGAAUAGAUAAUCAACUUGCAAGUGAGAAUUUUUAACAAUACCAAGAUGCAAACCUGUUGUGUUGAUGUGCAUACAUAUUUGAAAUGUGCUUUAUGGUUGCUUGCUCAGCAGUUUUGUUCAUAACUUAUUUUGUUGAACUGAACUUGAAAAUUAUUUGACAGGCCAAAAAUUAUUUAUUCUGAAACAGACUACUACUCCACUUAUGUACAAUUGUAUUUGUAAAAUUGCUCUUGAACCUACUUAAGCCCUUUCAGGAAACAAGAAGGAUCCUUCACUGCAUGGAUUGCAGCAGUUCAAGGAGGUGGUUCACCCCCACUUUUUUAAGAGAAGAUAUGCACAUAAAGAUGCAGGGACAGCCACAUUCUGUGAAUAAUUUAAAGAAAAGAAAAAUCUCAUCUUAAUUAUGAUACAGUCUUAGGAAGGUAAGAAAGUGUACUUGAAUGUGAGGUAUGGAUAAAUCUGAGAGAAAGUAUCAUCAAAAAUGAGAAUACGGUAGGUGUUGUACUUGAAUGAUUUAAGUGUAUGCCAAAAGCUAACAGUGCUUAAAAAUUAAUUAGUUGCUCUCUUUAAAUAUAAUAAAGGGAAUGGGAAAAAUAUGUGUACAUACACCACAUUUAAUGUAGACUAAAGAAAAUCAUUGGCCUUAAAAUCAGGCUGUAGAAUAGAUAUUUUGAGAAAUCCAUUUAAAAUGGGGAGCUGUUCCUCUGAAAUAUUCCAAACUUGUCAACAGAACCAAACUUCAAGAUGAUCUUCUUUUCCUAUAUUGUUGUCAUAACCU